AUGGAUCUUGCUUCAAUACUCUUCGCACUUUCGGGAGUCCUCUUCCUUCUGAUCCUCCACAGGCUGGUGGUCAACCCUAGCAACGGAAAAAACAAAACCUUGCAAAUCCCAGAAAUCCCAGGAAGCUUGCCCUUCAUUGGCCACCUCCACCUCCUCGGCGGCGAAGACACGCUGACCAGGAAGCUGGCUUCCUUCGCCGACAAGCACGGCAGCAUGUUCACCAUCCGCCUCGGCGCAUACCCCACCGUGGUGGUCAGCGACUUCGAGUCCAUGAAGGAUUGCUUCGUGAAAAACGACAGAGCCCUCGCCGCCCGACCUCCUUCCACGCAGGGCAAGAUCCUCGGCAAGAACUUCGCCGUCUUCGGGUUCGCCUCCUACGGCGAGUACUGGCGCAACGUCAAGAAGCUCAUCAUCACCGAGAUCAUGUCCCUCCCCAGGAUCAGGGCCCUCAGGCACGUCCAGGUCUCCGAGGUGGACGUCCUGAUCAGGGACCUCCACCUCCAAUGCAGCCAGCAGGCUGAUCACCAGGUGGUGGUGAUCAGCGACUGGCUGCAGAACUUCGUUCUCAACAUCAUCACUAGGAUGGUGGCAGGGAAGAAGUACUUCGAGGACCUGGCAGACAGCGUCGGUCUGCAGGCCGACGCUGGAGGCCGCCCCGUCGGGGAGCUCAUCAGGGAGUUCAUGGACGUGAACGGGUCGCUCGUUCUGUCGGAUCUGAUCCCGAUCCUUGGGUGGAUCGACAUCAAGGGGAUGAAGAAGGCCAUGAGGAGGAUCUCAAAGGAGCUGGACGUGAUCGUGGACGGUUGGAUCGACGAGCACAAGGUGAAGAGGAACAAGUUGGGUGACAACUUGGUCCCUGAGGAUUUCAUCGACGUCAUGCUCUCAGUUGUCGAUGACAACUUUGACCCUUCUUCCAACCAUAACAAGGACACCAUCAUAAAGUCUACCGCUAUGGUAAGUUUACGUGCUAACCUAUUUCUUUUGACUUUAGGAAAAAGAAGAAAAAAAGUUUGUCACAUAACGAUAUGUUUUGCGGUGAUCAUUGCGGCGGCGGACACGACGUCCGUGACGCUGACGUGGAUGCUGUCGAACCUCCUGAACAACCGGCGAGCCAUGGCGGCGCUGAAGCAAGAGAUCGACGAGAAAGUAGGGAAGGACCGGAUCGUCGAGGACUCGGACCUCGAAAACCUGACGUACCUACACGCCGUGAUAAGGGAGACGCUGAGGAUGAACCCGGCGGGGCCGAUCUCGGUGCCGCGCGUGGCGUCGGAGGACAUCACCAUCCGUGGCUACCACGUGCCGAAGGGGACGCGCUUCUUCGCCAACUUCUGGAAGCUUCACCGGAACCCGGAGAUGUUUCCGGAGCCGGACGAGUUCAGGCCGGAGAGGUUCCACGAGAAGGAGGUGAAGGUGGACAUCUACGGGAGGGAUUUCGAGUACCUGCCGUUUGGGACCGGGCGGCGGUCUUGCCCGGGGAUGAACUUCGGGAUGCAGGUGGUGCAGCUGACGGCGGCGAGGCUGAUUCAGGCGUUUGACUUUGGGACGCCGUUUGACCUGCCGGUGGAUAUGACGGAGGCCGACAGUACCACGCUCGCCAAGGCGAAGCCGCUGGAGGUCGUGCUGACCCCACGUCUUUCUCCCGAGCUUUACCGCCUGCCUUGA